CGGUGACGGCGACGCCCGAGUUGCCUGUAGGGCUCCGCCUCGGAGCGGGCGGCGGCGGCGGAGGAGGAGACUGAGCAGGAUGGCGGCCUCGGCCCUGUACGCCUGCACCAAGUGUACCCAGCGCUAUCCCUUCGAGGAGCUCUCCCAGGGCCAGCAGCUUUGCAAGGAAUGUCGGAUUGCUCAUCCUAUUGUAAAGUGUACUUACUGCAGAUCAGAAUUUCAACAAGAGAGCAAAACUAACACAAUUUGUAAGAAGUGUGCUCAAAAUGUGAAGCAAUUUGGGACGCCCAAGCCUUGUCAGUACUGUAACAUAAUCGCAGCAUUUAUUGGUACCAAGUGUCAGCGUUGCACAAAUUCAGAAAAAAAGUAUGGACCACCUCAGACCUGUGAACAGUGCAAACAACAAUGUGCUUUUGAUCGGAAGGAGGAAGGAAGGAGAAAGGUUGAUGGGAAAUUGUUAUGCUGGCUCUGUACUUUAUCAUACAAGAGAGUUUUACAGAAGACAAAAGAACAAAGGAAGAACCUGGGAUCUUCACAUUCAAAUUCAUCAUCUUCAUCUCUUACUGAGAAAGACCAGCAUCAUUCAAAACAUCAUCACCACCAUCAUCACCAUCACCAUCGUCACAGCAGUAGCCAUCACAAAAUCAGCAAUCUAAGUCCAGAACAAGAGCAGGGACUGUGGAAACAGAGCCAUAAAUCCUCUUCAGCAAUUCAGAAUGAGACUCCAAAGAAAAAGCCCAAAUUGGAAUCUAAGCCAUCUAAUGGAGAUAGUAGCUCUAUAAAUCAGUCAGCAGAUAGUGGGGGAACAGACAAUUUUGUCCUUAUAAGUCAACUGAAAGAAGAAGUGAUGUCACUUAAGCGUCUCUUACAGCAAAGAGACCAGACCAUUUUAGAAAAAGAUAAAAAGUUAACUGAACUAAAGGCAGACUUUCAGUACCAAGAGUCAAAUUUGAGAACAAAAAUGAACAGUAUGGAAAAAGCUCACAAAGAAACAGUGGAACAACUUCAGGCCAAAAACAGAGAACUGCUCAAACAGGUUGCGGCAUUGUCAAAGGGUAAAAAGUUCGACAGAAGUGGAAGCAUCUUAACAUCUCCUUGAGAAAGUAGUUACUUGUUUAGUGUUUCUGCUUCCAAUGUAAAUUUUGGGGAAAAAAAAUUCUGUGAAGCCCUUUCUUAAAUUCUGUGUAGUGGAAAAAAUAUUUUUGCACGCCUAACAAAUUGGCGUGUCUCCUGUUCACUUUUGUAAUGA